UUGAGAGACUAAAAAACAUGAAAGUUUGCGUAGUCGGUUGUGGAGUGUCGGGUCUUGCAGCAAUUAAAACCUGCAAGGAAAGUUCUAUUGAUGUGGUAUGCUACGAGCAAGACAAAAACAUUGGUGGAAUAUGGAAAUAUAGAGAAGAAACUGUAGAGGGUAUACCAUCAGUAGCAAAAUCUACGAUUAUUAAUGUAAGCAAAUCGUUAAUUGCUUUCAGCGAUUUCCCUCCUCCCAAAGAUUUUCCUAACUAUAUGCACAAUAAAAUAACAUACAAAUAUUUACAAAUGUAUGCCGAAGAAUUUAGCCUUAUUCCUCAUGUCAAAUUUUAUCAUAGAGUAGAAAAGAUCGUACAAUUCGAUGAUUACGAAACAACAGGAAAAUGGACAGUGACUACAUUAAAUCUACAAAAUGGAGAAGAAAAUAUAGAAAUAUUUGAUGCAGUUAUGAUUUGUUCGGGACAUCAUGCAUAUCCUAACAUUGCAAAAUUUGAAGGCCAAGAUAAAUUUCAAGGAAGAAUAACUCAUACGCACAGUUAUAAAAGACCAAAUGAAUUUGAAGAUAAGAAGGUUGUCGUAGUUGGAGUCGGUAAUUCUGGUGUGGAUGCCGCUGUGGAAACCAGCAAUGUAGCUGACAAAGUUUAUUUGAGUACCCGAAGAGGAUGCUGGAUUUUACCAAGAGUAGGCUUAUACGGAAAACCGAAUGAUGAAUUUCUUCUAACACGUAUUUUUGCUAUUCUGAAACAUUUCGUUCCUUUUAACAUACCAGAUAUAGUGCUGAGACACUAUUUAAAUAUAAGAUUUGACCACGGAAUGUAUCAAUUAAAGCCGAAACAUGGAGUCUUCCAACAACAUCCAACUGCAAAUGAUGCAUUACCCAGUAGAAUCUUAAAUGGAACAGUUAUUAUCAAGGGAAACAUUCAACGUUUUGAAAGUAAUGGGGUAGUUUUUGAAGGUGACAAUGAGAUCACUGAAGUUGAUGAAGUCAUUUUGGCAACAGGAUACGAUAUCAAGUUUCCGUUUUUGAAUAAAGACAUAAUUGAUACGAAAGAUAAUCGAAUACAUCUGUACAAAUUAAUGUUUCCUUCUCAUUUAAAGCACAAUACUUUAGCAUUCAUUGGUUUAUUUCAACCUUACGGAGGUGCAUUUCCUAUUUCUGAAAUGCAAUGCAGGUGGUUUGUGGAAGUUCUCAAAAAGAAUGUAUUACUUCCGGAUAGAGAAGAAAUGGAAAAAGAAAUAACAGAAAUGAUAUCGGAUAACGAUCGUCGUUAUUAUAAUUCAAAACGUCAUAGCAUUCAGGUGGAUUACGUCGAAUACUUGGAUAAUUUAGCAACUAAAAUUAAGGUCAAACCAAAUUUUUUGCGAUUAUUCUUUUCUGAUCCCAAGUUGUUCUGGGCUCUUCUGAUGGGUCCGAGUCUUCCAUAUCAGUACAGAUUACAAGGACCCCAUUCCUGGCCACAAGCCCGAAAAGUUAUUUUAGAGCAUAAAGAAAGAUCCACUGCACCGUUGAAAAAUAAGAUCCAAUGA